AUGAGUUUAGAAGUGAAGGAGGACUGUCUUGGAUGGGCAGCAAGAGAUUCAUCUGGUUUUCUCUCACCUUACAAUUUUGCAAGACAUGAAAUUGCUGGAGUUGUGAAAGAGGUUGGCUCCAAUGUCCAUCGUUUCAAAGUUGGCCAACAUGUCGGAGUUGGAACGUAUGUUAACUCAUGCAAGGAAUGUGAAAAUUGCAAUGUUGAUCGGGAAGUCCACUGCGAAAAAGGAGCAAUAUCCACAUUUAACUCUGUUGAUAAAGAUGGUACUGUCACAAAAGGCGGAUAUUCCAGCUACUAUGUUGUUCAGGAAAGGUACUGCGUCAGAAUACCUGAUGGCUACCCAUUGACCUCAGCAGCUCCACUGUUGUGUGCUGGAAUUACUGUGUACAGUCCCAUGAUGAGGCACAAGAUGAACCAACCUGGAAAAUCACUUGGUGUGAUAGGGCUUGGAGGCCUUGGUCACUCUGCUGUCAAGUUUGGGAAGGCUUUUGGAUUGAAUGUAACAGUGUUCAGCACAAGCAUGUCUAAGAAAGAGGAAGCUUUGAAUCUUCUUGGAGCUGACAUAUUUGUGGUCUCAUCAGAUGAACAACAGAUGAAGACCCUGGCAAAUUCAUUGGACUUUAUAAUUGACACAGCUUCUGGGGAUCACCCAUUUGAUCCAUACAUGGCCCUGUUGAAGACUGCUGGAACCCUUGUCUUGGUUGGUGCCCCAAGUGUCAAGCUCAGCCCCAUCAGUCUUCUUAGAGGUAUGAAAUCAAUUUCUAGGAGUGCAACAGGUGGUUUAAAAGAGAUACAAGAAAUGUUAGAUUUCUGUGCAGCUCACAAAAUAUACCCAGAGAUUGAACUGAUUUCAAUCCCAUAUAUAUAUGAAGCUCUUGAGAGGCUAGUGAAGAGAGGCGUGAAGUAUCGAUUUGCGAUUGAGAUAGAGAAAUCCUUGAAGUGA